AUGAACAUCGCCGUGCUGCUCUUCGGAAUAACUCUGUAUUUUUCUUCAGUUUGUGGACAAGUGACAAGCCGAGGUUUUUGUCCCAAAAUUCCCACUGUGCGUCCAUUUAAUGUGGGACUUUAUCUAGGCAUUUGGUACGAGUUCGAGCGGUUCCCAUUGGCGGCCCAAGCCGGGGUCACGUGUUCACAAGCAAGUUACACCCGAAACGAUGACGGGUCAAUCCGGGUUGUCAACACAGGAGUUCAAGAAAGUACUGGUGAGCCUGUUCGUGUAGAAGGUACCGCUAGAGCUGUGAAUCCACGAGACCCAGCGAGACUUUCCGUCACAUUUUCUCCUUUCCAGCCUGUUGACCCUAAUGGAAAUUACUGGGUUGUUAAAACAGAUUAUAACAACUUCGCCAUUGUUUACUCCUGCAGACAGGAAGGACGGAGUAAAUCAGAAAAUGCCUACAUCCUACUACGAGAGCCGAGAAAUCCCAAUGUUAGAGCGUUGAGGUCAAUCUACAAUUUUCUCAGACGUUAUCGAAUAAACCCGAGGAACUUCAUCCGAACAGAUUUCCGACAGUGUCUGCAACCCUAUCCUUAUAUGCACUAAUGCGACAAAGAAUUACCGUCACGCUAAGCAGCAACUUUUUGCGGUUGCUCAUUUCUUUUAAAAAACAAUAUUCAUAAAUUUUUUGGCUGAAAUUUGCUUGAUUUUUUUUUUUUAAAAAAGGAAGGGAAAAUCUCCAAAAAAUUAAUUCAUUUCUUGAUGUACUGCAUUAUUGCAGUGUGAACGAUAUUACAGAAAUUGCAAAGGCGAAAAUUUAACUGCCAAAUUUGAGCAAUCAAAUCUUAAAAAAAACAAAACAAAACGCAUAUAUCUCUUAGAAUGGCCAGUGUAACGAUGUAUAUCUCUUUUAUGUUGCAUGUAUUCAUUGUAUUAAAAUUGCUUUAUUUAACAUGU